UCAGUCUGAGGCAGUUGGUUCGCUCCGCUGUGCCGUAUGUGUCUGGGAUGCAGCAGUGAAAGAAAGAGAGCUGAAAGAGUGAGAGAGACAGAGAGAGAGAGAGAGAGAGAGAGAGAGAGAGAGAGAGAGAGAGAGAGAGAGAGAGAGAGAGAGAGAGAGAGGGAGCUGUUAUUUAGGUCUGUUACAGCAGACAGGGAGCAGCUCGCCCUAGGGCAUGGGGAGACGAUAAAGCAACACUGAACUCAGAACAGCACAUUCAGCUACAGAUACAGCCAGGCAGGAACCAGCCCUGCAUUCCAGCUGAGGGGAAGGGAAAGAAGGUAUAGAAACUGUAGUGCCUGCAGGAAAGGAUAGAUCAAACGGCAGAGAGAGAGAGGGGGAGAGAGAGAGAGAGAGAGAGAGAGAGAGAGAGAGAAGGAAGGAAGGAAGGAAGGAAGGAGAAGGUAGCAGCAACACAUCAACACAAGGGUUUGAACCGGGACCUUCACUGCUGCUACUGUUGUUGUUGUUGUUGUUGUUGUUGUUGUACUACGGUAAGGUGACCUAACUACUCCAGGAACAAGGAAGGGGGGGGUACAGCAGCAGGUUUAACCUGUGUGUUCUCAGGAGGUAGGGACUAGGGAGGGGGUACAGUAAAAGGAGGUUGAAAGCUCCACCACCAUGUUUGACUGUAUGGAAGCUCUGGGGAUGGGCCCACGCCAGCUAUAUGAUGUCACCAGCCGGGGUGCGUGCAUGCUGCGGAAGGCGAGCCCCUUCUUCGCAGGGCUGGACCCCUUCGCUUGGACCGGCAGUGCCAGCGUUCAAUCGGUGGAGACCCAGAGCACCAGCUCUGAGGAGAUGGUCCCCAGCUCUCCCUCUCCACCUCCCCCACCACGCAUCUACAAACCCUGCUUCGUGUGCCAGGACAAGUCCUCUGGAUACCAUUACGGAGUCAGCUCAUGUGAGGGCUGCAAGGGUUUCUUCCGACGCAGUAUCCAGAAGAACAUGGUGUACACCUGCCACCGAGACAAGAACUGCCAGAUCAACAAGGUCACCAGGAACCGCUGCCAGUACUGCCGACUGCAGAAGUGCUUUGAGGUCGGCAUGUCCAAGGAAGGUGAGAGACCGGUGCGUAAUGACAGGAACAAGAAGAAGAAAGAUGUGAAGGAGGAGUUGGUGUUGCCAGAGAGUUAUGAGUUGAGUGGAGAACUGGAGGAGCUGGUCAACAAAGUCAGCAAAGCCCACCAAGACACCUUCCCCUCACUGCUGCAGCUGGGCAAAUACCACACCAACUCCAGUGCAGAGCAGCGCGUGCAGCUGGACCUGGGGCUGUGGGAUAAGUUCAGUGAGCUUUCCACCAAGUGCAUCAUCAAGAUCGUGGAGUUUGCCAAGCGCCUCCCCGGCUUCACCACCCUCACCAUCGCUGACCAGAUCACCCUCCUCAAAUCAGCCUGCCUGGAUAUCCUGAUGUUGAGGAUCUGCACCCGCUACACUCCAGAGCAGGACACCAUGACCUUCUCAGACGGGCUGACCCUGAACCGGACCCAGAUGCACAACGCAGGCUUCGGCCCGCUCACAGACCUGGUGUUUGCCUUUGCUGGCCAGCUUCUGCCUCUGGAGAUGGACGACACAGAGACGGGCCUCCUCAGCGCCAUCUCCCUCAUCUCUGGAGACCGUAUGGACCUGGAAGAGCCCCAGAAGGUGGACAAGUUGCAGGAGCCCCUCCUGGAGGCCCUGAAGAUCUACGCACGUCGCAGACGCCCCAACAAACCACACAUGUUCCCCCGCAUGCUGAUGAAGAUCACUGACCUCAGAGGCAUCAGCACUAAGGGGGCAGAGAGAGCCAUCACUCUGAAGAUGGAGAUCCCAGGCCCCAUGCCUCCUCUGAUCAGGGAGAUGUUAGAGAACCCAGAAGCAUUCGAGGACCAAACAGAGAGCAGUGGAGAGAGCUCCCCACCGCCUGCCCCUCCACCCAUUCCACCAGCAUCCUCCAAGCCCCCCACCACCAUGAAGACUGAGGCUGAGGACGAGGAGGACAGCUGGGGGACAGAGCCUUCCCCAGAGGAGGAAGAUGAGGAUGACUAUGAUGAUGGGGAGGAGGAGGAUCGGGACAGGGGCUCGGACAGCGAGGGGGAAUCCUGGGCUCUGGAGGGUAGCAGCGAAGGGGCUAGGAAGAACCAUGCCGGGAGGGCGCAGUGAGGAUGAGAGAUAUCACAGAUAUGCAGACUCUACACUCAAACACACACACUAACUGACAUAAUCAAACACACACACACACACACACACACACAGAACAGGACAGAGCAGGACAGGGCAGGACAGCGUAGGACAGGGCAGGACAGAACAGCGUAGGACAGAACAGGGAAGGACAGGACAGAACAGCGUAGGACAGGGCGGGAAAGGAAAGGACAGGGAGGGCAGGACAGAACAGCAUAGGACAGGGCAGGAAAGGAAAGGACAGGGAGGGCAGGACAGAACAGCGUAGGACAGGGCAGGAAAGGAAAGGACAGGGAGGGCAGGACAGAACAGCGUAGGACAGGGCAGGAAAGGAACGGACAGGGAGGGCAGGACAGAACAGCAUAGGACAGGGCAGGAAAGGAAAGGACAGGGAAGGACAGGACAGCAGAGCCAUAUGGUUGCCUGUAUAGACACUAUAACUCAGGUUCCCUGACUCGCAGGUUCUUGACAAGUGCCAUGCAGUGAGACUAUAAUAAAACGAGAGACGGAGAAACCACAUGAUGCAACCGUCUGGAUUUGUGACUCGUGAUAUAGAGAAGAGAGAAGAAUACUAUCUUUGACGAAGCAAAUGUCAAAUUUUUUACUAUCUUCUUGUUUGUAUCUAUAUAGAGGAAUGUCCAAACCAGACAGCAUGAACUGAACAGUAAAUAUGGAUGCCAAGCAAAGCACACUUCUCAAAAAGAAAUACAGAAUGAAACCAAACUGAAAAUGCUAAUGAAUUUGUUGGGCUUUUAAAAAUUGUUUAAUUUCUUCUUGUUUUAUUUUCUUGAUUUUUAUUUUUAUUUCAAUUUAUGAAUAAGUCCCUGCAUAUCUAUAUACCAUUAUAUUAUUAGUCUUUGUUUGUAAUCCUGGUUUUGAUUUCUUCAGAUUAGGUUUUGUGUUUGAGGAGUUUUCCAGCGACGAUAUAGAGAGAUCUGGAAUCAGAAUCAGAACCGGCGUACCGCCAGCUGAAUCUCCUUUCCAAACUGGUGUUUUUUGGGCACUUUUGCUCGCAGUAGAUGUCGAUGAUAAUCAACUCAGUAAUGUUAACUUGUGUUACAGUGACUCAAGUUGUGAUUUGUUGUUAUCAGGGGACUGGCAUUAAUCCAUGUGCUUUCUUUCAACACAACAAACUAUGCUGCCGAUUGGACAUGUGUCUUUGUGCCAAAGUUCGCAACUCAUUUUCAGAAACAGAGAGUCAGUGACCCUAGACACCAACCAGUGCUCUCACACACAUCAAAUAUUCUUGCCUAACUUAGACACACAAACACACAAACACACACACAUACACACACUAAAUCUCGGCUCUAUAACAGCUGUGCCAUAUUGGUUCGGGUGCUUAGACAGAGAUUGACACUUGUCCAUAUAUGUAGCACUUUGAUAUCCUGUUUUUAAAUCAGGCAACGCUAGCAAAGUAAGUUACAAUACAAUACAAUACAACUUUAUUAAAUCAGGCAACGUUAGCAAAGUAAGUUACAAUACAAUACAAUACAAUACAACUUUAUUAAAUCAGGCAACGCUAGCAAAGUUACAAUACAAUACAAUUCAAUACAAUACAACUUUAUUAAAUCAGGCAACGCUAGCAAAGUUACAAUACAAUACAAUACAAUACAAUACAACUUUAUUAAAUCAGGCAACGCUAGCAAAGUUACAAUACAAUACAAUACAAUACAAUACAACAAUAUUAAAUCAGGCAACGCUAGCAAAGUAAGUUGCAAUACAAUACAAUACAACUUUAUUAAAUCAGGCAACGCUAGCAAAGUAAGUUACAAUACAAUAGAAUACAAUACAACUUUAUUAAAUCAGGCAACGCUAGCAAAGUAAGUUACAAUACAAUACAAUACAACUUUAUUAAAUCAGGCAACGCUAGCAAAGUAAGUUACAAUACAAUACAAUACAAUACAACUUUAUUAAAUCAGGCAACGCUAGCAAAGUUACAAUACAAUACAAUACAACAAUAUUAAAUCAGGCAACGCUAGCAAAGUCUAAUACAAUACAAUACAACAAUAUAAAAUCAGGCAACGCUAGCAAAGUCUAAUACAAUACAAUACAAUACAACAAUAUUAAAUCAGGCAACGCUAGCAAAGUCUAAUACAAUACAAUACAACAAUAUUAAAUCAGGCAACGCUAGCAAAGUCUAAUACAAUACAAUACAAUACAACAAUAUUAAAUCAGGCAACGCUAGCAAAGUUACAAUACAAUACAAUACAACAAUAUUAAAUCAGGCAACGCUAGCAAAGUUACAAUACAAUACAACUUUAUUGUCCAAUAUUGACAGUACCGUCACUGCCAAUCUUAUCUCAACAGAAAUCAUCAGAUGUCUGUCACAUUAAAUAACUAUUUGACGAUGUGCACAAGCAGACACUAUUGCGUACACAAAAACACCCACACACCCACACACACACAACCAGGAUCUGUUAUGGACAAUGACAUGGAAACAGACUUCUCAGGGCUUCUCUGUAAGGACCAAACCCUAGCAUGUUUGCUAGAAACAGGCAAUAUUUAUGUGUGUGUAUUUUUGACUCAGUCAAUUGGAUCUGUCCAGUUAACCCCUAUCUCUGUGUACAUAGAAGAUAUAUGACUAGUCUACAAAUGGCCUGGAUGCCAGUCUGUUACCCUUUUCACACUAUCAUGACAACCUAACCCAAACUGUGCUGACUUCACAUUGUCCUUCAGUCCACGGUUCCAACAACUAUGGUGAGUGCAUAACUAGGCCAGCUCUGUACAGCUCAGUUUGGCUUGGCUUGGCUCGCUAGUGUGAAAAGACCAAACCUGUCUCAGACCAGAUUUGGCCUGCAGCAUUGUCACUGCUCUGCCAUGCCUGACCUGUGCUGCUGGCAUCCAAGAAACCAACUGCCUUCUCAUCUAAAAGCCAUUAUAUCAUCAUGUCUUUGUAAGGUUGUAUGAUAUUCUCUCUCAGCGUUUUGUGUUCUCAUAUUUCAUUUCUUCUCAAUCGUCUUUGUUGCCAAAAUGUCUCAGUCAAUAUGUAACCAGCUGGUCAUAGUGCAGCUGGCUGGCUACAUACAGUACAGAGGUUUGUAUGCAGUCUCUCUGUGAAGCAAUAUGAACAGGAAUGUGACAGCCUCCCAGCAGUAGAGAGAGAGUGACCUACUGUACAGUACUCUCUGAAUGUGGGCCUCCUGACCUGAUUUGAGUGUGUAUUAACUCUUUAACAUGUCUCCUCUGCUAUUGGGUGAAUGUUCUCUGUAUGGUGCUGUGAUGUCAUACGACGCCGAGCGGAGCAGAGAAGCGAGGUUUGAUGACCUCAUCACCGCUCCUCUCUGUCUGCCCUGCCAGGCAUUCAUGAUGCAAACACAACGCUGAGGUUAUGUUGUUACACAACAUGGUUCUGAUGCAGGUGUUAUUUUCUGUAAAACACGGCCAAGGUAUUGUCCAAUUUUCUGUUCAUACCAACUCAUACAAAGAAAAAGCCAUAUAAAUAAAUUACUUUUGUGAGAUUAA